AUGCCCUCCUUUCUUCAGACUCUUUCGCAACUGCCCCUGAUCUCCUCUCUCCUCAACCUCUCUCCCACCAUCCAGAUCGAGAACCAGAACCAGAACCAGAACCACAAUGACCGGCCGCUCCACCCAUCUGUCCAGCAGUGUCCGUAUCCGCCGGUCGGGUCGUGCCCGUUCCCUCCGCCUCGCGACAUCAACACCUGUUGUGUGAACCACCCAUCCGGACACUUCCUGCAGACGCAGUUCUGGGACACGGCCCCCCCUCUCGGUCCCGCGGACUCGUGGACGAUCCACGGCCUGUGGCCUGACCUGUGCAAUGGAGGCUUCGAGCAGUUCUGCGACUCGGCGCGGCGGCACGACGACAUCCCCGCCGUAUUGAAGGCUGCCGCCCCGCCUGAGGUGAGCGACCCUGUUCUCGCCUUCAUGGCCAAGUACUGGCUCGCGCUGGACGGGAAUCACCCUCACCUCUGGGCGCACGAAUGGAACAAGCACGGGACUUGCAUCUCGACGCUGGAACCGGCGUGCUAUGCGGGUAAUGGUGAUGGCGACGGUGGCGACGAACUCGACCCGACCGCCAAGGUCAACGUAGACGUGUUCGACUACGUUGUUCAGACCACGUCGCUGUUCAAGACACUCGACACGUACGCCGUGCUCGCGGACGCGGGGAUCCUGCCCUCCCAUACUGCGACCUAUACGCUACGCGAGCUCGAGGACGCCGUCGAGUCGUCCGCCCACGGAGCCCCCGUGACGUUCCGAUGCAAUCGCUUCGGCGAGCUCGACGAAGUGUGGUACCAUUUCACCGUCAUGGGCCCUUUACGAACAGAGUCCGGACGCAAAGAUGCCGCCGUAGCAGAAUCACCAUCACGCCAGUCCAAUUCCAACUUGAUCUCUUCGUCGCCUUUCCUCAACGAAUCUGCCGUCCGCGAAAUCUUCGUCCCCACGAGCCCGACCGGCGCGCUGUCCAAUUGCCCGAGACGUGGCAUCAAAUAUCGACCCAAGGCCGGCGAGAAGCCGCGUCCAGGCCCGUCACCCACCAGUACCGACUCCUCUCCGCCCACGGCUACGCCGACGUCGCUGCCCUUCUCGGGCAAGGGCUAUCUGAAAGUCCAUGUUCUACCCAGUUCUUCUUCUGCUGCGCCUCCUGCGGCAAGCAAUGAGGGCUGCCUCAUCCGCCUCGGUGACUGGUACACCUCCGGCACAUGUGCUACCUUCAACGCACUGCCCGAUGUGGUUGACCCAGGCCAUGCCCCACUGUUCUCUCUCUCCUCAAGCUACUCCCCCUGCCUCAUCGAUCCGGCCACGAAGAAAUUCGAAUGCUCCAAAUCCACUUCGAUGCAGAGCAUAUUCUCUGCGGACCCUCGAACCCCCAGCAUCUUGUCGUACCGCAACAGUACCACGUUCUACACUACCCACGCUCCCAAGAGAUAUGAGAAGGUUGGCAUAUACGCCGAUCGAGGCAAUGGGGAGAGGAGCGUAGAACUGGAGAUCCAUUGGGCACCUGUUUAA